AGACGUCUCACCAUGGCGUGGAAAAUAAAGGUAUCAUGGCAUUGUCUUUGUAAGCGGCAGCCUUCGGAAACCUCUGUCGUCUUUGAUACACAUAUGAUGUUUUAGGUGCGUUUCUUUAAGCCGCAUUAUCCAUCUGCCUACCUUAUACAAUGAUAAAACGUUAUGAAAUUCUAGCAUCAUGACACUUUCUAUUUCAUGCUUAAACUGGUAUCUGAGGAAAAUCGGUUAUCGGCAUCAUAUCAAGCACUUGUCAUGCAAUCAUCAACCAUCUUUUGCUAUAAAAACUCCACAAAGAUGCUGCAGAUCUCCAUUCUUUGCCCCUGGUCCUGACUAGUGUGCGGCUUGAACUGUCGAAGAUCGGUAGAAUGGUGGGCAAUGUGGAUAUGCAUUCAUGGCAUUUAUAACCUGUAUUAUACUAUUAUGUAUGCAUAUGAGGAAGCGAAGCAGGGCGUUUCAAGGCGAAUCGAGACGUCGAAACACAGCGUGUCUCCAGUGAUAGACGUUUGGUUCAUGGGACGGUGCGAGUUGAUAGGCCAUCUCUGUCCGUUCGUGUGAACAUCUGGGGCUGAAGCUGGAACGGGAACUGCAGGUGUCUGUCACUUGUAUAGCAGUGACACUGUGAGAUACUGUAUAACCCUGACUCCCAAUCCCAACACUAUGUAUACCAUAGUUUGCCUUUCCUUGUUUCCUUCUCUUCGUCGUCGUCGUCGUCCUUUGUUCUCUACAUCAACGGCCGUGUUUCUUCAGUACCUACAGAGACUACAAGAGAUCCCCUGGUGGCCAUCUCUUGGCAUCUCUAGUCCUCGCUCUCCUCCUCGUUUCCUCCUCCACAGCUGAUCUCUCGGCAAACACUCGUCCAGAUUUCCUCCAGUUUUUGUUUUACUUUGGUCAAAACUGUUCUAUUUGUUUCCCGUACCGGCGAUUGAAAGAUUAUCACACUCCUUCCAUUUAUGUCAUUUUUUGUUCCACGCUUCCACUUGGUAGCUCACGCCCUCUUUCCUUCCUACCUUGCGUCCUAGGUCACUUCCUUCCUCGUUUUCCAUCUCUACCAUCUCAGGACCAUCCAACAGAUCUCUGAACCUUCAACUAUGAGUCGUCAUUCUCAUUCGAUACAUUCACUCUCUGACGAGGAGAAGAUGGGGUUGCUCGACAACAGGUCUGUCUCCGACGUUGACAGUGACAGCGGUCGAGAUGAUCAAGACUACCAUCGGCUUCACUUUGAGAAAUGGGCCGGCCCCAUUCUCGCUCCUGUGGACUACGUUCGUUCAACCCCCUGGAGAGUUUACCUAGUUCGCUUCGCCUGGUUCUUAGUUCCCAGUUAUCUACAGGGACGGCAUGCUCGUGAACAGAUUCGACCGACCAAGCUCGCUCCUACAGCCUACCUCGACGGUAUGCGAGGUGUUGCCGCCCUUGUCGUCUUGUUCUGUCAUUUCUUCUACCAGGCAUUCGUCAUCGCCAAAGGCUGGGGCUGUGACGAUGCCCACUACAACGUCUUGAAGCUACCAAUUAUCCGAUUGUGGUAUCAGGGCCCUCCAGCCGUCUGUCUUUUCUUUGUCAUUUCGGGAUAUGCCCUCUCCUAUCGACCUCUCAAGCUCAUCCGGGGUAGGAACACUCAGGACUUCUCGACUACCAUGAGUUCUCUAGUGUUCCGACGAGGCAUACGUCUAUACCUUCCAACCGCCAUCUCCACCCUAAUGAUCGUCUCCUUCAUCCGCUUGGGUGUUUACGAAUGGACGAGAGAGUUUGCCAUGGACCGUACUUUCAUGAGGAACGUCAGAGAACCUCAUCCUUCGCGUCUCCCUACAAACUAUGCUCAGUUCGCAGAAUGGGCAAAGGAUAUGUUCGAUUUUGUCCAUGUCUUCGGCUGGAAGACCCACGGUGGAAGCACCAACUAUGACCAGCAUCUGUGGACCAUCCCUGUUGAGUUUCGUUGCUCGCUGUAUCUCUUCCUCACCCUAAUAGCCACUGCUCGACUUCGAAGUCAGUACCGAUUCAUCACAGUUGCCGGUAUAAUGCUCUUUACCUACCGAAAUUCCCGUUGGGAAUUUCUCAUGUUCCUCUGCGGCAUGGUCCUGGCUGAGAUUGAUCUUAUCCGCGGCGCCCACGUCUCACCUCCUGCCCUCCCCAUCGAGGAGAAGACCCAGUCUAAUCACGGCCGUUGGUACCAGAGCGCUUUCUGGGCAAUUUUCAGUGUCGCAAGCUUAUAUCUUAUGAGCCAACCCGAUGAGGGCGGUGAUCGAACACCGGGCUGGAUCUACCUUACGUCGCUGAUUCCUAAGUGGUGGGCGGCCGAGAAGUACAGAUACUGGCAAUGUACGGGUGCUGUUAUGUUUGUUCUCGCAGUGAGCCGCUCGUCUAACUGGCAGCGCGUAUUCAACUCGGCCUUCGUGCAGUACUUGGGCAAGAUCUCCUAUGCCCUUUAUCUUAUGCAUGGACCCGCCAUCCAUGCCGUUGGAUAUCAUUUCGAAAAAUGGUGCUAUAGCGUGACGGGCACCGAGGGGCACCGCUUCACUGCUGGUUUUGUCCUGAGCUCGCUCUUUGUGAUUCCAACUAUCUUUUGGUGGGCUGAUGUAUUCUGGCGAGCAGUCGAUAUCCCAACGGUCAAAUUCGCAAAAUGGUGGGAAAACAAACUUACUGUUAAGUCGGACUAGAGUUCAUGGCACCAGAAGAAAACUGAUUCGUGAUAUUCGGCGUUGGAGGUUAGCGUCUUGCAAGUUUUGGUUCUACAGAGGCUGGUCUUCGUUCCGAAGACCUAUUCCGCGGCGUUUGGGUGGUUGAUUUCUAUCACACAAGGGACAGAGGUGGGAGUCCAUUUCUUUCAUCCCGGGAGAGGUCUAUGAGAUGUCGUGACUUGGUGGCAUCCAGACGUUCCAUUCAGUUGCUAUAACAGUACCAUAUUAAAAGAACUGUUAGAUCAUUUUGUGCGCGAAUAUAGGUGCAGAGAGAUCAACAAAAUACAACUUUUAUUUCUAG